GCCCUUGUCACCCUAUGUCCACGUUUUCGGCAAAUUGAAAGCCACUAAUUCGAAAAUGUCGCUUAUCCGCCUGCUAUCAUUUCGAUGCGGAUCGAUUGGCCCUGGCGCGGUGGUGACAGGACGGACUGGAGGCUUUUGGGCGCAACUCAAAUUUCCCCCGCUGAAACCUCAUCCAAUGACUGUUGGAGAAUCAACUGCCGGAUCAACAAAUCGGCGCCUUAUUAUUAUUUCCUGGCGGUUCCUCAGCAUCUUCCCCAAACUCAUCCAAUCUUUGAAAUUACUCCGGCCAGGGACGACUUCUGCGCUCUUCUGGUGUGGUUUUGCAGGGCAAUAUGUGCAUCGCGUAAUGGCAUCGCCAACGCUUUACCGCCACCAUCUACUCUCAGGAUUUAUUGCUUUAUCGUCAAACCAGGGGGGGGCAAACCAAACCGCUGUCUGCUUCAGCCAGCAUCGGAGGAAUAGCUUAACAACUGGCAGAGCCCUUAAAUAUCCUCAUAUCGCGAAGAAUAUCGGAAUAAAGUCGGACCUCCUCGAAUGUUCCUCCCGUGGAAACGGGGCUUUUAUCCGCAGCGAUCCACGGGAUCAACCCAUGGUUCUAAACAUCGUGGAUGAGCCAUGGUUUGAGUUGCUCCAAACUACCCGCCUUCCAACUUCCAAGGCUGAUAUGAGAUCACCGAAUCCACAAUCUGAUAAUCCACCCAAACCAGUGUCGGCUGAGAUGCAGGACUGA